AGAAACAAAAGAGUUUCUUUCCUUGUAUAAGACUUGGCGCGCAUCUGAAAGCUUCACCGCUGAGCCUACUAUAAUGGAAGACGUCGACGUCGGAGAGAGAUCGAGCUUCGUGGCCGGUCUGAUCGAGAACAGAGCCAAGGAGGUCGGAGUGGCUGCUUUUGACUUAAGAUCAGCUUCACUGCAUCUUUCUCAAUAUAUUGAAACUAGCAGUUCAUAUCAGAAUACAAAGACAUUGUUACACUUCUAUGACCCCAUGGUCAUUAUUGUCCCUCCCAACAAGCUGGCACCUGAUGGUAUGGUUGGUGUAUCAGAACUGGUGGAUAGAUUUUAUUCUUCAAUUAAGAAGGUCGUAAUGGCCCGUGGUUUCUUUGAUGACACCAAGGGAGCUGUGCUGGUGAAAAAUUUAGCAGCCAAGGAGCCAUCAGCGCUUGGUUUGGAUACUUAUUACAAGCAAUAUUACCUCUGCUUGGCUGCAGCUGCUGCGACUAUCAAGUGGACAGAAGCGGAGAAAGGGGUCAUCAUAACAAACCACUCAUUAUCGGUUACUUUUAAUGGAUCAUUUGACCACAUGAAUAUUGAUGCUACUAGUGUCCAGAACUUGGAAAUAAUUGAGCCAUUGCAUUCCACACUUUGGGGCACAAGCAACAAAAAAAGAAGUAUGUUCCACAUGCUAAAGACAACAAGAACUAUUGGAGGGACUAGACUUCUCCGGGCCAAUAUUUUGCAGCCUCUAAAAGACAUUGAAACCAUCAACGCUCGACUUGAUUGCCUGGAUGAAUUGAUGAGCAAUGAGCAACUGUUCUUUGGCCUAUCUCAGGUUCUUCGCAAGUUUCCAAAAGAAACGGAUAGGGUUCUUUGUCACUUUUGCUUCAAGCCAAAGAAAGUUACAAAUGAGGUCUUGAGCAUUGAUAAUGCCAAGAAGAGCCAAAUAUUGAUAUCAAGCAUUAUUCUUCUUAAAACUGCUCUCGAGGCGUUGCCUUUAGUCUCAAAGGUGCUUAAGGAUGCAAAGACUUUUCUUCUUGGAAAUAUUUACAAGUCUGUAUGCGAGAGUGAAAAAUAUGCUUCUAUAAGGAAAAGAAUUGGAGAGGUAAUCGAUGAAGAUGUGCUUCAUGCAAGGGUUCCUUUUGUCGCUCGGACACAGCAGUGUUUUGCAGUAAAGGCUGGAAUAGAUGGAUUUCUGGACAUUGCACGGAGAUCAUUUUGUGACACCAGUGAAGCCAUACACAACCUUGCAAAUAAGUACCGUGAAGAUUUCAAGCUGCCGAAUUUGAAAAUCCCUUUUAACAAUAGACAGGGAUUUUACUUUAGCAUUCCGCAGAAGGAUAUACAGGGAAAGCUUCCUAGCAAAUUCAUUCAGGUUAUGAAACAUGGGAACAAUAUACAUUGCUCAACUCUGGAACUGGCUUCUCUAAACAUGAGGAACAAGUCUGCAGCUGGCGAAUGCUAUAUACGGACAGAACUUUGCCUGGAAGCACUGGUUGAUGGCAUAAGGGAGGAUGUUUCUGUGCUCACCUUGCUCGCAGAGGCUUUGUGCCUUUUAGAUAUGAUUGUCAAUUCAUUUGCUCAUACAGUAUCCACAAAGCCUGUUGAUCAAUAUACAAGACCUCAAUUUACAGAUGAUGGCCCAUUGGCAAUUGAUGCUGGAAGACACCCUAUCCUAGAAAGCAUACACAAUGAUUUCAUUCCCAACAAUAUCUUUCUUUCUGAAGCGUCGAACAUGGUAAUUGUCAUGGGCCCAAACAUGAGUGGGAAAAGUACUUAUCUUCAACAAGUGUGUCUGAUAGUCAUCCUUGCUCAGAUUGGUUGCUAUGUUCCUGCUCGCUUUGCAACUCUUAGGGUAACUGAUCGUAUAUUUACGAGGAUGGGGACUGUGGACAAUAUUGAAUCGAACUCUAGUACGUUCAUGACAGAGAUGAAAGAGACAGCUUUUAUCAUGCAGAACGCCUCUCAGAGGAGUCUGAUAGUUAUGGAUGAACUGGGGAGAGCUACAUCUUCCUCUGAUGGAUUUGCAGUUGCGUGGAGCUGCUGCGAGCAUCUAUUAGCACUCAAAGCGUAUACUAUAUUUUCCACCCAUAUGGAAAACCUAUCAGAAUUAGCCACCAUCUAUCCUAAUGUGAAAAUUCUUCACUUUCAUGUUGACAUAAAAAACAAUCACUUGGAUUUCAAGUUUCAACUCAAGGAUGGACCACGACAUGUACCGCACUAUGGCCUUUUAUUAGCAGGAGUGGCUGGAUUACCUAGCUCGGUGAUAGAAACAGCCAUAAGAAUCACGUCAAGGAUCAAAGAAAAGAAAGAAAAGAGGAUUGCAGUAAACAGCCUGCGAUAUAAUGACAUCCAGAAGGCUUACCAUGUUGCUCAACAGCUGAUAUGCUUGAAAUAUUCCAGCCAAGAUGAAGAUUCAAUCCGACAAGCACUGCAGAAUCUUAAAGAGAGCUAUAUUGAAGGAAGGCUGUAAAGUCUUGGAAAUGAACUGGUGGACGACAAUCCACCUCAAGCUUGAAAGUUGUUAGAAGGUUGUUUGCUAUUUUGUAUUUUGACCGUUCUAUGUAUAUUCGUAGUUGUGGAAAUGUAACUAAGUUAGUAUUCAUGGCUUGUAACUUAAGAACGAACUUAUCUUUUGUUUGAUGUAAAUGAAACUAAUGAAAUUAUAGUAUAUGUUUCCAUGAAAUUGUAUCAUGUACCGUUGUAA